AUUAGACUGUGUAUUUGAUAUGUCCUCUGUCACUAAUAGUGGAUGGAGGCUCGUCCACAAGACACUCCUACCUGUCCGGUGUGUAAAUCCGUCAUAGACAAAGAAAAGCUUAUUCCGCUGUAUGGGCGUGGCUCUGAUCAAAAGGAUCCUCGAGAGUCCCUUCCUCCGAGACCUGCUGGACAGAGAGAGGAAGCACCCGAAGAUAAUAACAAUACAGGCUAUUUUGGUGAUGGUAUGUUGAAUGGGAUCAACGUCUCUUUUGGUGUCGGGGGAUUCCCUUUUGGAUUUGGACUAGGACCUGCAUUCACCAUACAGACUGGUCGUAUGGGAAGACAGCAUCACAAUGUCAACAUUGGUCAUCGCGGUAACAGAAUGCAUCAAGGACGAAGAGGAAGCCAAGAAGAGGAACAGAGAAAGACGAUGGCAAGAUUAUUGUUGACUUUUGCCAUCCUUUUUAUCAUUAUGAUCAUCUUCACAUAAUUGCUACAUGAAUUCCCUCUCUCUCUCUUUCUCUCUCUUCAUUCUUAUUAUAAUAUAUUAAUACUGUAUUAUUAUUACUAUUGUUAUAUUUCUAUAGUAUAAUGUUACUUUGUGUCUGAUUAUUCCAUUCAAACUUGUUCUUUAUAUUGAAUAAGUGCUAACAGUCAACACUUAUGGCUGUAUGGCAGUCCUUUUU